UAAUGAAAUGUUACCUCAGUGGACCCAAAUACUUAUCUUUCAUGGGGUUCCCACCUGUCUGUUGCAGAGGAGUGCCCAUCAAAGUGAUUUGAACGGUUGCCUUUCCGCCUUAGAAUUUCUCCAUAAGCUUUUAGUAUAAAGAAGAGGCCAUACUUCACCGGUAAAGAGAAAACAUCCCCGCAAGUCGACAGCAACAUUUAAAGCCCAUUGGAUUUGAGUUUCGUAUUUUUAAUUAAGAAAAUCUCGCAGUAUUCCACCUGGCUUUGAACUCUCUCUGUCUCAUUUCUCGUUCUUAUCUCGACCACAAAACCCAAAUCAUUGAGAAAAAAUGGCAACUACUUAAACGAUUUCUCGAACGAACCAUGAAAAAUUCCACCCUUUCUUUUAUAGUCCUCAGUUUCUGCAAAAUCUUCAGAAUCCGAGUUACUAAACAGACUUAGGUAGAAGAUGAUUCCAUUUAAAUCUUUCGACUUAUCAAAAUAAUCAGUUAAUUGUUGUCUGACAUUUAUUCAUCACUGGAAUUGUCAGUGAAUGAAGUACAUCAGGAAAAGUCGUAGACACGGGUUAAAAGUUAAAAGAACUUUAUAUUUAUAUUAUUUGGGCAGAGCGGGGGCAUUGUUAUUAUUGUUCGGGGAAUGGAUGCAGCAAGGCGGGGGUCGAGAAUGGUGAUUGAUCCGAAAGUCCGUCAGGUGGGGUUCGUAACCCCAGGAGGCAGCGAAGCACAGCCGAAGCCUCACACGGCAGCGGAGGCAGCAGCGACAGAGGCGGCGGCGGCCAAUUCACCAUCGCCUGUAAUGAUUCCGCCCCCGCGCCACGCGCCUGACAACGUUGGCACCCGGGCGGUGCCCAUGCCCGUGCCCGGGCCGGUUCCGACGAUAGUUGGUCACUCGGACAUAACGAUGCUAGCGGGGAGCUAUAAUCCUGGGGAUUCUGUCCUUGGAACGUCGCCCUCCAGCAGGAACGGCACGGAGCGUGGCUACAUCACUCUUUCUUCCGAGGACAUGAAUGAAGACCGCAUUUCACCUCGCUGGAUUGCCACGGAUUCGAACCCUAGUCACAGGAUGCCGCAUGGAGUGGCGUCUGUACCUAGCAGCUCCAUGGACCUUGCAACCAUGCGGGCAUCCGCCGCUGCAGGGUCCUGUGUUGCCGCUGCCAGCCUUCCUCCGAUCGCCACUAUGCCGCCCCCAGAAAAAUUAGCCGGAGGAGAAGAUGAUUCAAAGCAAAAGCCCCUGAAGGAGAGGACUUCAAAAGCUGAGAGACGAGCACUUCAAGAAGCUCAGAGGGCAGCAAAAGCUGCUGCAAAGGUGACAGGAGAAAACAAGGGUGGAGAUGGAGGACCAAUAGCGACUGCAAAAGAGGCGAAGGUUCCAAAGCCCCCUCAGAAGAAAGACAGUAAUGUAGAUAAGAGGUCAGUCACAAUUUCAGAGAAAAAGUCAACAGAAAGGAGUUUGGAUAAAGAUAAAAAGAAGGAUAUACCAGCUCCACGAAUGCAAUUUGAUGAUGAACAUCGAGUAGCAAAGGCAAAGAGACGGUCGUUAGUAGAACAGACUGAAACUAAAAAUAGAGUUGAACUCUUUAGGCAUUUGCCACAGUUUUUGCAUGGUAGACAACUUCCUGCCCUUGAAGCUAAGUUCUUUCAAGAAGAUCCUCUUCACCCUCAUCCUGCCGUCUACAAGGUUGGGUUGCAAUAUUUGACGGGAGACAUAGUUGGUGGAAAUGCUAGAUGUAUAGAAAUGCUUUCUGCUUUUCAAGAGGCUAUUAAAGACUAUGUUGUGCCACCUGAGAAAACCUUGGUACGUGAUUUAACUGCAAAGGUCAAUAUCUACAUUUCAUUUCUUAUCACAUGUAGGCCUCUAUCAAUUAGCAUGGGCAAUGCCAUUAAAUUCUUGAAGGCGCGGAUUGCUAAAUUAGCAGUAACUCUGUCAGAAUCAGAAGCAAAGGCCUCACUUCUCUCAGAUAUAAAUCGGUUUAUAUAUGAGAAGAUUGUAUUUGCAGACAGAGUCAUAGUAAAGCAUGCAGUAACAAAGAUAAGGGAUGGGGAUGUUUUGCUUACUUAUGGGUCAUCUUGUGUUGUGGAGAUGAUACUAUUACAUGCUCAUGAAUUAGGGAGGAAGUUUCGUGUUGUUGUAGUGGACUCAAGGCCAAAACUUGAAGGAAAAACAAUGCUUCGUAAGUUGUUGGCUGGUGGUCUCAACUGCACAUACACUCAUAUAAACGCAAUUUCCUAUAUUAUGCAAGAAGUAACAAAAGUUUUCCUUGGAGCUGCUUCAGUUUUAUCAAAUGGAACAGUUUAUUCCAGAGUGGGCACAGCUUGUGUAGCAAUGGUGGCUCAUGCAUCACAUGUUCCUGUGUUAAUUUGCUGUGAAGCUUACAAGUUCCAUGAAAGAGUUCAACUUGAUUCUAUUUGCUCAAAUGAAUUAGGCGACCCAGAUGUUCUUGCAAAGGUUCAAGGAAGGAAAGAGUUAAAUCAGCUGGAGGGUUGGACAAAUGAUGAAUCCCUAAGACUACUAAAUCUAACUUAUGAUGCAACACCUGCUGACUAUGUCUCAAUGAUUGUUACUGAUUAUGGCAUGGUACCUCCAACUAGUGUGCCUGUCAUUGUCAGAGAGUAUCGGAGGGAAUACCUGUUAAUAUAAUUUAGGAAAUUUUGUAUACCGUCUUCGAUGACUGUUCUUGCUACUUUGCAUAUGCUGGUGCAUUCCCAAGAGCAUAAUGUUGGUUGACGGCUAUUUUUAAAAACAUUUAUCGUGAGUAUAAUUUUAUAGAGAUUCAGAAAAUGUUCAGGUUGAGAAGUUUUUUAUGCAUGAUUCAUGAAGCAACAGAAUAUUGAUGAGUUUCCUAUGCCAUAAGAAGCCAGCAGGGUCCUUAUAUUUCA